AGUUUUCCGGCAGAGCAGUAAGAGGCGCCUCCUCUCUCCUUUUUAUUCACCAGCAGCACCGCGCAGACCCCGGACUCGCGCUUGCCUACCGGCGCCCUCGGCCUCUCUCCGCGCUCGGGAGCACCCUCUGCCACCGCCGUUCUCCAUGCGCAGCGCCCACCCGAGGAGCUAGAAGUCAGCUUGGAGCGGUUCCAAACCGUGGAUGGCCUUGACUGACGGCGGCUGGUGCCUGCCGAAGCGCUUCGGGGCCGCGGCUGCGGACGCCAGCGACUCCGGAGCCUUUCCAGCUCGGGAUCCCUCCACGCCGCCUUCUCCCAUCUCCUCCUCUUCUUCCUGCUGCUCUCGGGGUGGGGAACGCGGCCCCGGCGGCGCCAACAAUUGCAGGACGCCUCAGCUCGACACGGAGGCGGCGGCGGGACCCACGGCCCGCUCGCUGCUACUCAGUCCCUACGCCUCGCAUCCCUUUGGGGCUCCCCACGGACCUUCGGCGCCCGGGGUCUCUGGCCCCGGGGGCGCCCUGUCGAGCUGGGAGGACCUAUUGCUCUUCACUGACCUCGACCAGGCCGCGACCGCCAGCAAGCUGCUGUGGUCCAGCCGCGGCGCCAAGCUGAGCCCUUUCGCACCCGAGCAGCCCGAGGAGAUGUACCAGACCCUCGCCGCCCUCUCCAGCCAGGGGCCUGCCGCUUACGACGGCGCGCCCGGCGGCUUCGUGCACUCGGCUGCCGCGGCGGCUGCGGCCGCGGCCGCGGCGAGCUCCCCAGUCUACGUUCCCACCACGCGCGUGGGCUCUAUGCUGCCCGGCCUGCCGUACCUGCAGGGGGCGAGCAGCGGGCCCGCCAACCACGCGGGCGGCGCGGGCGCGCACCCGGGCUGGCCCCAGGCUUCAGCCGACAGCCCCCCGUACGGCAGCGGAGGCGGCGCGGCGGGCAGCGGGGCGGCGGGGCCCGGCAGCGCCGGCUCCGCCGCGGCGCACGUCUCUGCGCGCUUCCCCUACUCCCCCAGCCCGCCCAUGGCCAACGGUGCGGCUCGGGACCCGGGGGGCUACGCGGCGGCCGGCGGCGGGGGCGCAGGCGGCGUGAGCGGCGGCAGCAGCAGCCUGGCGGCCAUGGGCGGCCGCGAGCACCAGUACAGCUCGCUGUCGGCGGCGCGGCCGCUGAACGGGACGUACCAUCACCAUCACCACCACCACCCGAGCGCCUACUCGCCCUACGUGGGAGCACCGCUGACGCCCGCCUGGCCUGCCGGACCGUUUGAGACCCCGGUGCUGCAUAGCCUGCAGAGCCGCGCCGGAGCCCCGCUCCCGGUGCCGCGAGGCCCCAGCGCAGACCUGCUGGAGGACCUGCCGGAGAGCCGCGAGUGUGUGAACUGCGGCUCCAUCCAGACGCCGCUGUGGCGGCGGGACGGCACCGGCCACUACUUGUGCAACGCCUGCGGCCUCUACAGCAAGAUGAACGGCCUCAGCCGGCCCCUCAUCAAGCCGCAGAAGCGCGUGCCUUCCUCCCGGCGGCUUGGAUUGUCCUGUGCCAACUGUCACACCACAACCACCACUUUGUGGCGCAGAAACGCUGAGGGUGAACCCGUGUGCAAUGCUUGUGGACUCUACAUGAAACUCCAUGGGGUGCCUCGACCGCUUGCUAUGAAAAAAGAGGGAAUUCAAACCAGGAAACGAAAACCUAAGAACAUAAAUAAGUCAAAAGCUUGCUCUGGUAAUAGCAAUAAUUCUGUUCCCAUGACUCCAACUUCCACCUCUUCUAACUCCGAUGAUUGCAGCAAAAAUACUUCCCCUACAACACAACCGACAGCUUCGGGGGCAGGCGCCUCGGUGAUGUCUGGUGCGGGGGAGAGCGCUAAUCCCGAGAACAGCAGCGAGCUCAAGUACUCAGGUCAAGAUGGGCUGUACAUAGGCGUCAGCCUGGCCUCACCGGCCGAAGUCACAUCGUCGGUGAGACAGGAUUCUUGGUGCGCCCUAGCCCUGGCCUGAGCCCACUGCGGGAGCAGGAGGACGCGCCACAGCCGGCAUCACCACAGCCGAUGUUGACAAGCAGUCCAGGCUGGGCCCGGGAUGCCGACGGGACGUUCUUCUCUGACACAUGAUUUUCGUGCCUUUAUUUGAAAGAGAUGUAUCUCCUGAGGGGCUUGCUCUGCCUUAUCACCCAGGCCCCGUCCUGAAGACCAGGGAGAAGAUGGACCACUUCUGGGGAAGGGCCGCAGCAGCCCCCUCCCAUGGCCACAGCCGCUUCCAGACUGCCUGUUUCUGGGCUGGCCAGGGGAUUCAAUGUCUACUUCCAGAAACCGGGACUAGGACCAGGGCUUUGCCUGCUGAGGAAUAUUGAGAGAUUUUUUAAACACAGGUUUUAUGUGUAUUGCCGCAAAUCAUGUGCUUCUUCUGAUCGGUAUUGGUUAUUCCAGAAUUUCUUCAUACCUUUUCCACCCCUGAUUUCACAUGUGUUCACGGAGAAGACCAUUGGCUUGGUACACACCUCCGGAGGCUGAGUCGGUUCACGAAGUCUCUUGUCAAAAGGAUCACUCAGUUUGCAAGACUGCAUCGUGACUGUAACAUACACUGUGACUGACGUUUCUCAAAGUUCAUAUCGUGUGACUGACCCAAAGUCAGUCGGAAUUUGUAAACAGGGUAGCAAACAAGAUAUUUUUCUUCCAUGUAUACAAUAAUUUUUUUAAAAAGUGCAAUUUGCGUUGCAGCAAUCAGUGUUAAAUCAUUUGCGUAAGAUUUAACAACAUUUUUUAUAAUGAAUGUAAACAUUUUAACUUAAUGGUACUUAAAUAAUUUAAAAGAAAAAAUGUAAACUUAGACAUUCUUACACUUCUUUUACAACUACAUCCCAUUUCUGUAUUUCCCAUUGUGAAAAGAAAAAUAUUUCAAGAACAAAUCUUCUCUCAGGUAAAUUGCCUUUAUCCAUUUGUUAAGAUUUUUUAUACAAGAACACCAGUAUCUCCCCUUUAUCUUACUGUGGAAUAUGUGCUGGAAAAGUGGCAACAGAACUUUACUACCUAACAGAUAACAUUUGUAAAUACUCUAGGCAUCUGUACACACUAUGAUGAAGUCUCUAUAGUGUGACUAACCCACGGGCAGGUUGGUUUACGUUAAUUUUUUUUUUAAAUGGGAUGUGCUAUGGAAACCUAUUUCACCAGAGUUUUAAAAAUAAAAAGGGUAUUGUUUUGUCUUCUGUA